AUGGUAGCUGAGCAAGAUCAGAAGUUAGUGGACUAUCCUGUCAUUGUGUCUAUAGAUUUUGGCACCACAUACUCCGGCUGUUGUUAUGCCCUUCAAUCCAGCAAUGAUGAUGAAAUAUACGAUGUCACUCGAUGGCCAAAAAACAAUGGAUUCUACGCCAAGACACCAACGCUCUUAUACUAUCGAAAUAAGAGCAACAGGCUGUUGGAUUGGGGACGAGGUGCUCGAUUACAGUCAUUACGGCCUGAUCAAAGUGGUACAUUGUUGCAAUACUUUAAACUUGCCCUCGUUCAACCAGAUGAUGUGCCUUUACCCGAGGGCAAAUCACCCGUUGAUGUGAUUUCCGAUUUUCUAAGGGUGUUUCACGAGCAUGUUUGUGAGCAGCUACAGAAAGCUACCUUAUUGCAGAACUUUAGACAAGAGCAUUAUCAAUAUUGCCUCACAGUGCCUGCUAUAUGGUCGGACGAGUCCAAAGCCAUCAUGCGAGAAGCAACCGUCAAAGCGGGUAUUAUUGCGCCCGAUGAUCCCAAUCAUCGUUUAGAGCUGAUCAGUGAACCAGAAGCUGCUGCUGCUUACUGUGAAUACAAGUACAAAUCUUGGAAUUUGUCAAAUGGGAACACGUUUAUGAUUGUAGAUGCUGGAGGGGGCACGGUUGAUUUGAUUACCUACCUGAUUGAAGAUGUUACACCACCUAGAACGCUGAGAGAAGUGACACGAGGUCAUGGUGGCAUGUGUGGCAGUGCGUUUAUCGAUCAAAACAUGCGAAAGCUAUUGCAGUCUAAGUUAACAGGCCAGAUGCCAGUCUGUAUGUUCGAAAUGAUGAUGGACUAUUUUAUUCAGUCUGUUAAACCAAACUAUCUCGGUGAUGAAGAAUACUACAAGCUUGAUGUUCCAGCUGGCGCAUUACCUUAUAUACCGAUGCAUUUGCUGGACGAUAAUGGCUUGAUGGUAUUCCCGCUAGAAGAGCUACAAGACAAAGUCUUCAAUCCGGUUCUGAAGCAAGUUGUGGAGCUUGUUGAGCAGCAAAUCAAUCAAGCGGGUGCCUUUGUGGACGCUAUUUUUCUAGUGGGAGGAUUUGGAUGCUCAAGCUGUUUGUAUGAUAUACUCAAAAUCAACUUUAGCCAUCAAGUAGGGGAGAUCGCUAUGCCUCCUUCUGGUGAACUCGCCAUUGCUAGAGGUGCGGCUGCAUAUAUUAAAAAACCAAACCUGGUUACUAGCAAAGUGCUACGACGAACCUACGGUGUGCAAACUCGUCUUCCAUUCGAGGAAGAUUUAGAUCCUGAAGAAAGCGCAAUUAUCACCAAGGAUGGCAUAAAACGAUGCUCUACAAGGUUUGAUGUCAUUGCUAAAAAAGGGCAACGUAUCUCGAUAGAUCAGAAAAUCAGGCGCUCUUAUUGGAUUGAAUAUCCAAAGCAUACCGAAGCAGAUCUCUAUGUUACAGACCAGGAUGAUUUACCAAGACAAAUUACAGACAGUUCCGUCAUUAAACUGGCAGAGAUUCCAAUCAAAAUGCCAUUGCUUUCCCACAUUAAGCCUGGUACCCGAAUGGAUGUUACGAUAGAAUUUUCUUUUGGAUCAACAGAAAUCAAGAUGCGUAUUUACUUGGCGGAUACAGUGAGUGAGCAUAUACUAGAUACCAUGGAUUCGUUUACAUGA